AUAAGAUCAAAUGUUUGAGAAUUAUUGUAGAUAAAUAAUGCAGCCAAACAGAGUCAAAUUUAAUCAAUCAGAUUUAGAAUGUGGAUUUCCAAGACAGGAUUUUAAAUUACAAGGAAUUUAAUGUACUCUAUAUAAAUGUAAAAUAACAACAUAAUCAUGUGUAUUAUAUUUACAUGGUUAUAAUGGUUCAAGACUUGAAAUAGUACCUUAUGCUUCAAUUAUUUUAUAAUCUGGUGUAGAUUUAUGCACUUUUGAUUUUCAAGCUGCUGGAUAAUCAGAUGGAGAUUUUGUUACUUUUGGGUAUAUCUAUUUGUCUCUCUUAGGUUAAAUGAAUAAUUAAAUGUCAUCUUACUAGUGGAUUACUUAAGUUCUAAAUAUUAAAAUAUUAUUUUAUGGGGAAGAUCUAUGGGUGCGACCACUGCUUUAAUGUAUGCUAUAAAAUAUUAAAAUAUCACUUGUAUCAUUUUGGAUAGUCCUUUUUAUACUCUUGAUGAUGUAAUUCUUAAUCUAAUUAAGUAAAAAUUGCAUACUCCAAAUCUUAUUAACAAAGGAUUAUUGGAAAUUCUCAAAAGUAUUAUCUAAAAAUAAUUAGGAUAAAUUUAAUAAUUAUAUAACUUUUCUAUCUCUUCAGUCAAAUUACCAUAAAUAUUAAAUUCUAAUUGUCCUAUGUUGUUAUUAGCAUCCAAAUUUGACACACUCAUUCCUUAUCAUCAUUUUACUAACAUUUUUCAUUCAUAUCAAGGACAAAAACAUAUCAUUAAUCUUUAUAAUAAUCAUAAUGAAUUAAGAUCUAAAGAUAUCUUAAGUACUGCUAUCGGAUUUAUUCAAUCUAAUAUAACUAAUACUAUUCAAAACAAUCCUAGUAAUCGUUUUAUUUAAGAUUUUCAAAAACAUUCAUAUAUACCUACCGGAAUUAAAAUUAAAUCUAAAAUUAUGAGAAAUUAAUCUGCUGUCAAUCCUUAAAAAAAUUCAGCCAUUUUAUAAAAAAAUAGAGCACUACUUCAAUUAUCCAAUAUUGAUUGA